AUGACGGCACUGCCCUGGGCGCCGGCCCUAAACAAACCGCGCACGCCACGACUAGGACAUCGACCUCGACCCGGUCCAGGGCGCACGGGGCACCACGGCCGUGCUCGACAACAUCGCGAUAAAUGCGGGCAGAAUCGAGCCCGUACUGUAGGCCAUUAUCUCAUGGGAAGGACGCUGGGUGAGGGCUCAUUCGGUAAAGUGCGACUGGGGACGCAUAUCCUGACCGGUGAAAAGGUCGCAGUGAAAAUCUUAGAGAAAUCACGGCUUGUCGAAGCAGCUGAUGUGCAAAGAGUAGCACGUGAGAUCAAGAUCUUAAAACGCAAUCGCCAUAGAAACAUUAUUCAACUAUUUGAAGUGCUCGACACACCGACAGCUAUAUAUCUCAUCAUGGAAAAUGCAGAUGCUGGUGAAAUGUUCAACUAUAUCGUCCAGCAUAAACGCGUUGAUGAGAUUGAGGCAUGCCGCUUUUUCCAUCAAAUUAUGGAUGGUGCUGAAUAUCUACAUGAGAUGGAGGUGACACACCGCGAUCUUAAGCCUGAGAAUCUCCUCCUCCAAAAUUCUAAGCAGGGACUGCUGGUCAAAAUUGUCGACUUUGGUCUGUCCAACACCCAUGAUGGUGGAUCUUUGCUGCAGACUGCAUGCGGGUCUCCCUGUUAUGCAGCCCCCGAGAUGAUAGCAGGCCUGAAGUAUUGGGGUCCAAAGGCAGACAUCUGGUCGAUGGGUGUGAUCCUUUACGCCCUCGUUUGCGGAUAUUUACCUUUCGAAGAUUCCAAUACUUCAAUAUUAUACAAAAAAAUCAUGUCAGGCAUUUACUCAUGUCCAAACUGGAUAUCACCGGAUGUCCGUGAUCUAAUUUCU